UCGGAAGUAUCGAAAGUCCGAAAUCCGACCCUUGAGCUCGCACGCUCGCGCGUUCAAUCAGUCUAUGCGUGCGCUCGCCGCAGUCUCUGCCAGCCGAUAUGCAGCCAAUAAUGGCCUCGCAAUGGGAGGAAUUCUACGCUUCUCAUCUGCCGCCCCCGGACUUCGAGGACAACCGCACGCUGCUGAAGGAGUUCUGCGCCCGCCAGAGCAAGGUCGGCCAGCGGAUCGUGCUCAUCACGUCUGGAGGAACAACGGUUCCUUUAGAGCACAAUACUGUUAGGUUUGUGGAUAACUUCAGUGCUGGCAUGCGAGGAGCUGCAUCUGCUGAAUAUUUCCUAGAACAUGGAUAUUCAGUCAUAUUUAUGCAUCGACUAAAGUCUCUGGAGCCUUUUACAAGACACUUCAGUGGUCAGAAGUUUAUGGAUAUGCUGGAUUUGCAGAUAACUGAACAGGAUACUUCUAUUACAGUUAAACCGGAUAGUGUUGAUGUGCUAGCGCCUGUUUUAUUGAACUACAAAGCAGCACAAGAAACAGGAAGGAUUUUAUACGUGAAUUUUACAACGGUGGCCGAUUAUUUUUGGCUGUUGCGAGCAGCUUGUGAGUGUUUAGCCACGCUGGGGCCGAAAGCAAUGCUUUAUUUAGCUGCGGCGGUGUCAGAUUUUUAUGUUCCUUCCAAUGAAAUGCCUACACAUAAGAUACAGUCCGGAGCAGUGCCAAAUAUUUCACUACAACUAGUUCCUAAACUAUUAUCACCUGUGGUGAAUCUCUGGGUGCCGCACGCGUUUGUCGUCUCUUUCAAACUUGAAACCGACGAGAACAUUCUACUCUCAAAAGCUAGAGAUUCAUUAAAUAAAUAUAAACACAAAUUGGUGAUUGGUAACAUAUUACAAACAAGAAGACAACGCGUUGUGUUCGUAAUGUCAGAUGACAGCUACGAGGUCACCUUGACGCGCGAACAAAUGAUCAACGGGAUCGAAAUCGAAGAGCACAUUGUUACCAACAUCAUCAACCAUCACACACAAUAUAUGUCCGUGCAUAAAUUCUAACAGGUAAAUUUUUACGAUUUACAUUCCACGUAUAUAUAUGUAUGUGUAAAACUUGUCAAAAGUUCACUUGAAUCGUUUCAUUUGCUGGCCAAAUGAACAUGUUCAUAUAAUGGUGAUUGUCUUUGGUAUACUUAAAGAUGGCGGACGACAUAGCGGUAAUAAGGACCAAUAAUUUAUUAGGUGCAGAGUAUAACUGUGACUUAACAAAAAAAAAAAAACUCCUGACUAUUUGGUAUUUGCCUAUAUCAAGUUAAUAAUUCGUUGAUGAUCGUAAACUUUAUCUAAAUGUAAUAAACAUAAAUAUAAUUGAAUGUUAUUCAUCGGUAUGCUUUCAUAUCGAUUUACCGAAAAUUUAACCGAAGUAAUCGACGACUUAAACAAAAUGUGUAUUGAUGUAACUAAAGAAUGUUUAAAACUUGAUAUAACCCGGGGCAGGUUUAAAUAACUCAAUAAGUAUUAGAUAGUUUAACCAGUAAUAUUCCCGAAAACCAAGGCUGCUUCAUUAUUUCGGGACACACACACCACCAAAAGACGAAGUUGAAGAAUGAAAGACUGUUUUUCCAUGCGAAUUUUUACGAAACCUACAACCAAACAAAUUUUUAGGCGUAGAUAUUUAGUGACACCAAAAAAUCGCACAUUAUCCGAGUUUUUAGUAAAAAUACUAAAAUUGUAGAUAUUAUUAACUUUGGAACAUUAUAAUCAGGGUAAACAGAAUAUAUUUUAACAAAAUUUUAUUAAAAUGCAUAGGAAAUGUGUAUAAUAAGUUUUAAAACGUUUAACAACCGACCAUUAGACCCACAUAUCACCUUUUCGACUCUUUUGUACAAUGUGUAGCUCAGUGUAGACUAAAAAACAGAAAGAAAGAGCGUUGUGUGCGUAGUGUAGAGUUAAAACGACCUUCCGAAUGUUGUUGAUAAUAUUUGUUACAAUUUUAAAAGGAAAAACGCUUAACAUUAUUAAAGAUGACUGCAGUCGGGCGUAAUUCUAUGCAGAUUGUUCGAUUAGUUUAAGAAAUGAAUGUUUAUUAGGUGUUUGAUCGCGUGUUACAUGAAAAUCUCUUUAAAAUUUUGUUAAUUAGUAGUUAUGGGUUAAAUAGCUAAUUUGUUUGAAGCAAUACUUGUUAAUUUUAUGGUUCUGGUAACGACAGAAUGGCUUCUACAUGGUACUACCUAUGUGUUGUGUAAACAAGUCAGUCAGGCACUACAGAAGUGAAAAAAAUGUUAAGGGUGUCGAAUAACUAGCGAAUAAAUACAUGGAUGUUA